AUAAUACCCUGUAGUCUGUACCAUAAAUUACGAUUUCUGAGUGAUUGUAACUUCUGAGGUUAAGGUACAUAAAUACACUUAAUUUUUGUAAUUAGUAAUGUAUUAAAAAUGAAGUUUACUUUUCGAAUAACUGUUGUCAAUAAAUAGUAAAUGUUGAGAGCAAUGGCUGAGUUUGAAAAAAGCGAUAUUGAGUGGCAACCAUUAGCCCUGACGUUGGUCGAAUAUCCAAAAGAUGAUUUAUGGGGAAAAUUCUUCGCCAUAACAAGUUUGGCACCAUUUGGAAUUGGGUCAGGCUUCAUUGCCUUGAUUUUAUUUCGAAGAGAUCUUCACACUAUUGCAUUCUUUAUAGGAACUCUGCUGAAUGAAUUAAUGAAUAUUAUAUUAAAACAUAUUUUUUGUGAGAAGCGACCUUUAUCAAGAGGAAAUUUAUACAAUGAGUAUGGAAUGCCAUCCUCACAUUCACAAUUUAUUUGGUUUUUUAGUUUCUAUGUUUUAUAUUUCUUUAUAUUCAGAUUACAUCAUAUAUACAACAACAAUAUUCUGUCAAUAGUGGGAAAGAUCAUAAUAAUAGGCAGUUGUUUUAUCUUAUCUUUGAUUGUCAGCAUUGGAAGAGUGUACCUAGAGUAUCAUACAUCCAGACAGGUGAUCUAUGGUGGUAUUGUUGGCUUUAUAAAUGCAACAUCAUGGUUUGGUGUUGUGCAUAGAAUUCUUACACCGCUGUUCCCACAAGUUGCUAACUUGAAAGUCUGUGAAAUAUUGAUGAUACGAGAUACUACGCUUAUUCCCAAUGUUUUAUUCUUCGAGUAUACAAAAUCCAGACAUGAAGCGCGUACUCGAGGACGAAAGUUAGCUGCGUUAAAACCUGUUCGAUGACGGUGCGCCUUCACACGCGACAGUUCCAUUUGUCGGAACAGAGGGCGCGCGUGACGAUUACUUACCGCCUCAACUCUGGUACUUAUCGGCGGUAUACUGUUAUAUAAAUCAUAUGGAUAAUUUACAUAUUUUUAUACAGGUAUUUUCGUACAGCAUAGGUUUAAGCAUACUUAAGUACUGUAAGUAAAUACAUUUUUUAAAUGUUAUUUGGACUAUGUGUUGGUGAUUAAGUUCUUCCAAUUCGUUAUUUUAAUGUCUUCCUUUGAUUUGUUAUUUCUUUGUAUUUAUUAGAUCUAUUUAAUUGUAUUAAAAGUGUAUGAAAGCUAGCAAAUGUUUGUUUAAAUAAAUAAUAUUAGAAAGUAAGCUUGGUACAGUUACAGUGUACACUUUUAACUUUUAAUGAUCUUUGACAAUAAACAAUGUUUUUGGUAUUACAAAAAGGUGUUAAAAAUUAUCGUAGAUUACAAUAUAAAACAUUUUUGUUUGCAGUUUUUUUUACAUAUAUUAAUUAGUUAAAAACAGGAUAUUAUUAAUAUAUGCUCAACUACAUAAUUUUUCUUACUAAGUGAUGGUUGUAUAUGAAUAUUAUUACAAUAAACAUUAUAAUAAUUAAGGCUUAAAUGUAUGCUUGAUUUUUGUCAUGUAUGUAUGUAUUAAGUUACAAAGCUGCAAUAAAAAGUUUAAUAAAUUUCUCAAACCCUACUGGUACUGGGUAGA